AUGGGGAAUUGCAUGGUUGUUGAAGAGAAAGUGGUGAAGGUGAUGAGACCAGAUGGGAAAAUCCUGGAGUACACAUCACCAACCAUAGUCCAGCAAGUCAUGUCCGAUUUCCCGGGCCAAUUCGUCUGUGAUCAUUCAUAUUCAUCACUUCAGCAACAGCAGCAGCAGCAGAAUUUGCUGCCGGAGGCCAAGCUCGUGGGUGGUCGCUUGUAUUAUCUCGUCCCUCUGCCGCCUCCAGUACCAGCAUCACCAGAAAAACUAGUUGUCAAGCAGAAGAAGAAAGUGAGGUUUGCAGUUCCAGAAGGAGGAGAGAAAGAGAGUAGCCAGAAUAAGAAGGUAGAAGAACAUCACCAUGAUGAAUCUGAUGUUAAAGGUGGUGGAGUGGUGAGGAUAAAGCUGGUGAUCACCAAGCAGGAACUGGAGGAAUUGCUGAAGAAAGGUGGGGUUUCUGUUGGUGACAUGGUUUCUCAUCUACAGGAUCAGCAGAGAUUGGUGAAGGUUGAUGUUGGAGAAAAUGAUCAACAGCAGCAGGAGGAGGAAGAAUGGCAGAAAAAUUGGAAGCCUGUACUGGAAAGUAUACCUGAAAUUGCUUAG